CAUUGCAAACACAUUCUCUAGGAGGAGACUUGCUGCUGUGAAUCUUUUAACACUAUGCUUUCAAAAGAGCAUCAAGUGGGGAGUCAGCAUUGCUAGGCUGGACUUGCAGUUUAUGGGGCUUGAAGGGCUGUGAUGUGUCUUACCCGUGCACAAGUGAUAUGGAUAAUAGCCACCAAAGGUAGAAUGCUUCAAAGUGGCCCUUUUUUGAAAGAGAUGGAAUUACUUUGACUUUUUCUGACUUAAAAUCAGUACAGAGGGCUGGCUGCGUGUUGCCGAUUCACUCACUUCUGCCAGCCUUGUGAUUAAUGACAGCAAACGUGGGCGUUGUAAAGCUCACUGGAUCUUUCAAAGAUUGUGCUCAGUAUUUUUUUCUCUAUGCAAAUCAGGAAAAGGAAGGUUAACAUUUUGGGGAAUCUGAGACAUCCUGACAUGCUUUAAGAAUUACUUGGAGAAUACUUCAACUAGAAGGCAGGAGUGAUUUUAAAGAAGAUGGAUCAGGUUUUGGUCUUUAAGUUAACAUGAAAAAAUGGCAAAGCUGGUGAAGUGCCAAGGGCAAAGACUUUCAAGCAACAAACUAGUCAUCCCCGUUUGAACAUCUCCAACGAAAAGUGGCCGUGUCUGGACGAAUUCUAAAUGUGGUGCGUGGUAGCUCAUGCUGCCAUUGCCUCAUCUAAUUCAGGGUCUACAGUGUGGGCACUUAAGCCUUGCCAGUAGAAAUGUUGCUCUGCUGAGACCCGGUAGAGGUUGGAAACAUGACAAGUUUGAAACGCUCCCAGACUGAAAGACCAGUCGGGGCUACAGGCCCAUCGACCGAUGAUUUCUACUCAAGACGUUUACGCCUGCCCAAUGGUGGGGCACCACCUCCACGAAGCGAGAGCACACACCUCACUGGUUGUAACCCUGGAGUGCCAAAAAUGGGAGUGCGAGCUCGGGUGGCAGACUGGCCCCCCCGAAAGGAUUCAUCAGCAAAGGAAGGAACAGGAGCUGGAGGAACAGUUUGGCACAUCAGUGUUGAACCUGAAACAGCAGCUGCACCCAUUAGCAGUAGCAGCAACAGCAAUACUAGCUCAGGAAACGUGCAAGUUAAAGUCGGUCACCUGAGUCCUCAAGAUUCGUCCAUGUUAAGAAAUAUUCAUAACACCUUGAAGAGCAAGACUAGCUCUCAUGAGGCGCCGAGUGCUAGCAGCAACCAAGAUAGCCGAUUUCUUUCACCUGAUGGCUAUUUGGGAUCGCCACGCAAAGCAAUCCGUCGUAUUCGUCAGCGGAGUAACAGCGACAUUACAAUCAGUGAGCUGGAUGGAAGUGGCAGUGGAGAUGGAACCUCCGAAUGGGGUGCAUCUGGCUACAAAUGGUCACCAUUGCAUAGGGAAUAUGGCAGCACUUCCUCUAUUGACAAGCAUGCUGCCUCGGAGGAAAGCUUCUUUGACAUGCUUAAAGGUUACCAGGGAGACAAACCUGAUCAGCGGAGUCCAGCUCCAGAAAAGCUUGGGGAGUUGCUUACUGCUGGACAAAGAAUAAUGAGUGGCUUUGAUACUCCAGAUGGGCCUAUGGGCUCAAUGUCCCAAAGAGGAAGUCCUUCAGGCAGGAUGAAAGAGCGAGAGAAGCCUUUGAAGCGGCGUUCUAAAUCUGAGACUGGUGGAGAUUCCAUUUUUCGUAAGUUACGCAGUGUCAGGAUUGAGGGAGAUUUGACAUCCAGAGCAGGCUCUGAUCUGGAUGACAACAGGUCAGAGGAUGGCAUGUUGCAUCACAAGCCCUGGGUCUGCCAGAAAGGAUUUGCCCACUAUGACGUUCAAAGUAUUCUUUUUGAUCUGAAUGAGGCUGCACUCUCGAGACAAAAUGCUGUCCAGAGGCGGAACACCACGACUGGUGCCUCUGCUGCAGCUGCAGCUGCAUCGUCCACUUCAACCCAGCCAGGGGCUUUCAGCUCACCUUCAGGAAGUCAAGAGGAUCUUAACUCCAAAGAGACUCCUAGUCUGGAUCCUGGAGAUGACAAAAGCAAUGAACUUGUACUCAGCUGCCCCUGCUUUAGAAAUGAGAUUGGUGGAGAGGGUGAGAAGAACAUUAGUUUGUCCAAGCUUGGCAGCAUUGGGAGUGGAGCAUCUAGUAGCAUUGGGGACUCUGGAAGUGGUGCAUCAGGUGGAAACUUUGAGUCCUCAUUGAGCUCCCAUUGCACUAAUGCUGGAGUAGCUGUUCUGGAGGUGCCCAAAGAAAGCCAGUCCUUGCACAAUGAUAGAGUCAAAAGGUACAUUGUGGAACAUGUAGACCUUGGGGCCUAUUACUACAGGAAGUAUUUCUACACAAAAGAACACUGGAAUUACUUUGGCAUUGAUGAAAACCUGGGUCCAGUAGCAGUCAGCAUCCGCCGAGAGAAGUUAGAAGAAAGUAAAGAACAUGGACAGCAGUACAACUACCGUGUUAUCUUCCGCACAAGUGAACUAACAACCCUACGUGGUUCCAUUCUUGAGGAUGCGGUGCCAUCCACCUCAAAGCAUGGUAUUGCUCGAGGGCUUCCUUUGAAAGAGAUUCUGGAGUAUCUGACCCCAGAGCUUAAUCUGCAUUGUCUCCGUUUGGCCCUCAAUACACCCAAGGCCACUGAGCAGCUGAUGAAACUGGAUGAACAAGGGCUUAGUUACCAGCUAAAAGUGGGCAUCAUGUAUUGCAAAGCGGGACAAAGCACAGAAGAAGAAAUGUACAAUAAUGAGUCCGCAGGGCCUGCUUUCGAGGAAUUUCUUCAGCUUCUGGGGGAACGUGUCCGACUCAAAGGCUUCAGCAAGUACCGGGCACAACUUGAUACUAAAACGGACUCAACUGGCACUCAUUCAUUGUAUACAGUGUACAAAGAUUAUGAAAUUAUGUUUCAUGUGUCCACUCUGUUGCCCUACACGCCUAACAACAAGCAGCAGUUGUUAAGGAAACGACACAUUGGCAACGACAUUGUGACAAUAGUGUUCCAAGAACCAGGUGCCCUGCCAUUCAGUCCAAAAAAUAUUCGCUCCCACUUCCAGCAUGUCUUUGUUAUUGUUCGAGCACAUAGUCCUUGUUCUGAGAACACCUGCUACAGUGUUGCUGUAGCCCGCUCCCGGGAUGUGCCAUCAUUUGGUCCACCCAUUCCUAAAGGGGUCACGUUUCCAAAGUCAACAGUGUUUCGGGACUUUUUACUAGCCAAAGUCAUCAAUGCGGAAAAUGCUGCACAUAAAUCGGACAAGUUUCGGGCUAUGGCCACACGCACACGGCAGGAAUAUCUACGAGAUCUUGCUGAGCGCCAGGUCACCAGCACUCCAAUUGACCCCUCAGGCAAAUUUCCCUUCAUUUCCUUGGCCUCUAAGCGCAAGGAGAAGAGCCGGCCCUACUGCGGAGCAGAAGUUCGCAGCUUGGGAGCAAUCAACUGGGGAGUCUACGUAGAAGAUUACAGUACUGGGGCUGAACUAGAAGCCAUCCUAGCCAUUUCAAAUGAGUUCCUAGUGUUGAUUGACCAAGAGUCUAAGAGCGUUGUGUUCAAUUGCUCAGUGCGCGAUGUCAUUAGCUGGACUUCAACCAGUCCAUCCUGUCUGAAGGUCUUCUAUGAACGGGGUGAGAGCAUCUCUUUGCGUUCCCUUAAUGCUACGACCGAGGACUUCAGUGAGGUCAUCAAGAGGCUUCAGUUCCUUACAAAAGGCUGUGAGACAGUUGAAAUGACACUAAGACGAAAUGGACUUGGUCAGCUGGGCUUCCACGUCAACUAUGAAGGCAUUGUGGCUGAAGUAGAGCCUUAUGGCUACGCAUGGCAGGCUGGGCUACGACAGGGAAGCCGCUUGGUUGAGAUAUGUAAGGUGGCGGUUGCAACACUGUCCCAUGAGCAGAUGAUUGAUCUUUUACGGACUUCGGUGACUGUUAAAGUGGUCAUCAUUCCUCCCCAUGAGGAUUCCACCCCACGCAGGGGCUGCACCGAGCUGUCUCGUAUGCCAGUUGUUGAGUACAAGGCAAACAAUGAAGGGGUUCCAUACGAAUACAAAUUUCCAUUCCGCAACAACAACAAAUGGCAGCGUACUGCCUCAAGCCCACAGCAGUCUUUGGGGUCGCCUCCACAGGGCCAGGUGGCUACGCCCAGCCGCGCAGUGUCUCUUGGAGGCAGUAUGGGGAAAAGCCAACCGGUUGAACGUGGAGCCAUCAUCCCCCGUAGUGUCUCCAGUGAUGGAAGGCCUCUGGACCCAAAAAGGUUCUCUCCCAGCUCAGAAAACAACUACACUUUUGGUUCUUCUGUGACUGUGGGAAGGACGCCACACUGCCGAAAUUCUCCAAGUAGUCUUUCUUAUUCCAGUGACACUGGCUCAGGGGGUAGCUCGCACUGGCGGCAGAAGUCUGUGCCGGAAGGGUUUGGAGCAAAUCGAAACUCCCCUCUCUCCAUGGAUCGGCAGAAUGCUACAGACCUUGGUAUGAGUGGCAAAUCAGCUUCCAGUUGGCAGAGAAAUGAAGACGGAAGCGGUGGAGGAAGUAGCGAAAGAAACAUAGCAGAGCCCUCAAGCCAUAUUCCAGCUGGUUGUAAAGGUCCACCACCCUACAGAGACAGUCCAAGUGGUCAGCGCAUCCAGAGACAGGACCAUGUCAUUCACUUGUCUCCUAAUAAACAUGGUCAGAUGGAUGCACCUUAUUCCAGCCACUCGAGCAGCAACACACUUUCCAGCAAUGCCUCCAGCAUACACAGUGAUGAGAAAUGGUAUGAGAUGGGGGCAGGCGCUGGGGAGCGGCCAGAUAUGGAGCUCAAUGGCUUUGGAGGAUACUUGCAAGGGGCCUCCGCAGACAGUGGCAUCGAUACCACUUCCUAUGGUGCAAGUCAUGGCAGCACUGCUUCCCUUCUAGCUGUAGGUGGCAAAGAGAAAGGCAGCCCACACUGGCAAAGCUCCAUAGAAGGAGUACAUGGUGGACAUGAGCGUUCUCCGCCAUCUGCGGAGUCACCAGUUACACCUACUACAUCGGAAAGCCAUCCUGUGAGCCACUCAACCUACCCACUGCCACGAGAGAGCAGCAUGUAUAGCCUGAGUGACGUGAGCUCCCAUACCAGGUCGACUCUAUCAAUCAAAUUUGCACAACUGAAUCAAAUCAAGUGUUACAACAAAGAGACCUCUGACAGACCCAGUGGAGACACAGUGGCGGCUUCCCAACUCACUCUUAGCUCCCGUCAUUCUGCCAGUCCAGUUGUUUUUGCUUCAAGCCGAGGCUCCCCCCAUGAAGAAGUUCGUCCAGUCACAUCACCUUCCUCUCAGAGUUCCCUCUCACCAGGUCCCAAAAGCUUCUAUCCACGUCAAGGAGCCACCAGCAAGUACUUGAUUGGUUGGAAAAAGCCAGGAAGCACCAUCAACUCAGUGGGUUUUGGGGAUUCUAGAAAUUCCUUGAGUAAAGCUGCUGAGCGGAUGCAUCCGAAUAUGUCUGAAAAGUCGCACGACGUAUGGCGACACCAGAGUGAUGGUGUAGAGUCAGGACAAGCUCCACCACGGCCCUCUUUGAGAGAUAUGCGGUCUCCACAACGUUUGUGCAAAUCCACGGUAGAGGAGGACUUAAAGAAGCUCAUUGCCCUUGACAGCCCCCCACCAGGACUACAAGAUCAGCCAAAGCCCCAAUAUAACAGUUCCUCCUCCUGCCGACGCUCACUCCACAGGACCUUGUCAGAUGAGAGUAUCUACAGUGCGCAGAGGGAGCCCUCACUCACUGCUUUGCUGGACCAGGCACUGCCUAAUGACGUGCUAUUCAGCAGUGCCCACCCAUCUACUCGCAGCACACUGCCCACCCGCCGACCCUCCUAUCUUUUGGGAGUGAAAUCUCUGCACGGAGAUCUGUCUGCAUCUGACACCUCUCUGUCUGAUGUUCACGAGAAGAGGAGGACACCUCUACAGGACCCCGGACUGAUGCCCUUGCCAGACGCAGACAGUGGUCUUGACUGGUCACAUUUAGUGGAUGCGGCUAAAGCAUUUGAGGUCCAGAGAGCAUCGCUGCUUGCUGCAAAUGAAGCAAACCACAGACCAGAAAGCUCCAUGUCCAGUCCUCAACAAGCGGAGCACCAGCUGUCCCCUCAAGCGAGACUUGGCACCAGUGAGAUUCCCGCCAGCCUAGCCGAUAAGGUUAACCAGCUCGAGUCAAUGGUGAAACUGCUGCAAGAAGACUUGAAAAAGGAAAAAGAAGACAAAGCAAUUCUGCAAGCUCAGGUGCACAGUUUACGGGAAGACAACAAGAGACUGCAAGAGGAAUCCCAUAAUGCAUCAGCCAAGCUGAAGAAGUUCACAGAGUGGGUCUUCAAUACAAUUGACAUGAACUGAGUCUGAAAUUGGCUGCAGGCAGGACAGGCAAAGGAAUAGAGAGAAUGGCAGAUGAUGAUUGAAGUGCGCACUGUGGCUGCCAGUGUGUGUCUAUAUGUGUGCGUGAGGGCAGGAAGUUGUUCCAACUUCAGCAGGUCGGGCAUGGGCUACGGGAUGCAAUUUGCUUUAUUUCUGCCCCACUUUAAAUGCACAUGGUUCACUGACUGCCCUGACUGAACAUGUCUUGGACAAUGUUCCUCUUUAUCCAAACAUUUUAAAUAUCUGUUGCUAGGUUUGCUGUUUUGUUCCAGAAAGCAAAUCGUUCAUUAAAUGACCCCCACUGAACAGACUCCACUGGAUCGGGCCGAUUCUACAGCCCAUUUGAGAAAUGUGUGUGUUGGUGCCUUGGCUUCAGUGCCAAACAAGAUGUCGCCUCCUAGAAAUGAAGAUGCUUGCAUGUCACAAAGACAUUCGAGUUCUCUCCAUGUUGCAGUCCAGUGCUGACUUUAAGAGAGGCCCAGGUUUAUGGGAUCCAAGGAAUCUCUUUGGGAUUCUCACUGGCAGCCAUUGGAUGUUAUGUUCUUUAUAACUCAGAGUAAUAGAAAGUAGUUUUGUACAUUUUUUUAAGAAAAAAUGAUUCCUGAAGAUAUUGCUAUUUUUUUUCCAGACACAUAUCUGCUGCUGCAUCAUUGUGACAAACAAUCAUUGGGCAAUUAAACCCCAGAGUCUCAGAGACUGACUGGGAAGUGGGAUCUGUGGUGCAUUGUCCCAUGUUUUCAGGGAAGGGACAUUUUUAGGAGUCGCAGUUUCGGCAAUUCAUUUUUGUCACGUCUGCGAUAGCCUCUUGGGUUAACAUCAUUUAUUCUGGACAGGUAAGAUGUCCCUCAGUCUGUGUGUCAUCCACGGCUCAGCCUAUAACGAAGAGAUCCUAACACUCCUCUAACCCUCAAGCUGGUACAAGAUUCUGCCUUACGGUUCUUUCUCGAAAGUUCGCACAAGAUGCGAUGGUCAAGUAUUGCUGCAAGACCGUGUAUGUGUCCGCAUGUGGAUAAGAAAAGCUGGUCAUUUCUCCAGCUGUCACGUGCAUUUACACUAUACGAAGUGAAACAAUGGAGACAAAUCAAGUCUUUUGGCUCCUUGUACUAUAAAAUGCUUGUAAAGUCAAUGCAGUUAGGUAAAACGCCGUAACUAGAAUAACAAUAAUUUUGUACAGAAAUAAAAACUCAGGCCAAAGUGACCUCGCCGUGGAUCAUUUGAACCCAUAGUUCUCCACUGAUAGUUGCCGUAUUUCCGUUGCUGCUUUCGGUGCGUUGUUGUGGGUGCUUCAUCCUCUUUGCUUUCCUCCCUUCAAAGCUAUUUUACGAGUCAGCUGAGUAGACUUGACAUGUGCCAUUUCUUAUGUGUUGAAACAGAGCUUAGCUUGAACUGUACAGACGCAGUGUGCACUGCAGACACGUCUUAUUGCAUCUGUUGCAUUCUAUAAAAAAUAUUUUCUGUUGAUGUUUUUAUGGUGGAAUAUUUUGAUGUUCAGCGUGGAGGAACGCUCAGUUCAUGCAUUUUUAUCCCGUUUUUGUUUUUAACUCUUGUUUUUUUCCCUGUUUGUAUCCCCUGUGAUUGCCUUCCAAGGCAUUUUUGAGUUCUUACUGGCUACCUG